AAUACAAGACACUUAAUUUAGAGUUAUAGUGUUAAGACUAAACAGCCUCAGAACCCCAUUUGAAAUAUUAGGCAUGCCCAGCAAAGUAACGUCAAGUGGCUACUAAAUGCUAAAUUAAUAUCAUCAGGGCUGCCACAAAGUGGCAUGAUCCCAAGUGUGUGUGUUUCUACGUUUUUGUAAAUGUUUUCCAAUCCUAAUAGAAUAGGUUUAGUCUGUAGCUGUUGUCCCAGUGGUCUGGUGGGCUGUGGGUGGAUCUCUCUGGUGGCAGGAUAUGGGCGGAAAGAGCAACAGUCCAGUCAACUGGCCUCCAUUCAACCAGAGUGCAGCACAGCACGAGAGAGAACAAAUCAAUGCUGGACAUGAAACAAUGGGGACACUAGGGAGCAGUUAGACAAACAGACACAGUCUUAUACACAUACACCCACAUCCUUAGACACACACAAGGUACAUGUAAAGGACACCCAUAUUACACACAAAGAAUAUGAAAUUGACACACUCAUGCACAGGCAUAAACAUUCAUAGCCAUUCAGCUACCUUGUUUACAAGACUAGCUUAACCAGCAUGCAAUUCCCAUUGUGGUCAAGGCUGGUUUGUGCUGGUUAAAGCUGGUUUGGUGUUGAUAUAGCUGGUGAACCAGCAUAGCCAUGUUAUUCACCAGCAAAUCUUUUACAUACUCAUUGACCAGUUUUUUGUUUUGUUUUUUUUUUUCAGGUAAUGCUGGAAAACCAAGAAAGUCUUGCUGGUUAAGCUAGUCAAAAAGCCUUGUUGGAACACCAGCACACCAACAUCCCAUGUUGUUGAUCAGCAUUCAAAUCACAACAUGUGCUGGUGACCAGUUAUGCUGGGAUUUUUUUUUUUUCCCCAGCAGGAUUGUUAUACAUGUUAAUGCCACCUACAGGCCUGUUUACUUUUCUGACCAGUAAACAAUGGAAGAACACGUUCCUAUCUUUUAUGAUUUGACGUUUAACUGAUGUUGCAUCAGACUUAAAUGUAACAAUUUAGAUUGAACUCAUUUAUAAACUGCUUUCGGCUACAUAAGGAGAAGAUUAUCUCAUAGAGUCUGUAUGGAGUGGCUUUGGUUGGGAUUAGUUCCAUCUGAAUGGUAUUUGGUUAAGGGAGGCAGUCUGUUACUGUAAUGGGGCGGUGUGUGUUGUUCCAUAUUCUGCUGCUGAAACUGAACUGACCCCAUCUUUCCAAAUCAGGUGUCUUAAUCUGAAGGGGAAGAAUAAAACCCUUAGACGCCCCCUCCAGGCUAUAUUAGUGAAGAUGGAGAGACCAGCGAUCAUCAGAUGAACCGCAGCAUGGACACAGGGUCUCCAAACCUGUCACCAAACCCUGUGUCUCCUGCGCACAAUAACUUAGAUCUACAGCCAGUGACAUACUGUGAACCAGCGUUCUGGUGCUCUAUUUCAUACUAUGAGCUAAACCAGAGAGUCGGUGAAACUUUCCAUGCCUCUCAGCCCUCUUUAACAGUAGACGGCUUCACAGACCCAUCCAACUCUGAGCGCUUCUGCCUGGGCCUGCUGUCCAACGUCAACCGCAACGCUGCCGUGGAGCUCACGCGCAGACACAUUGGCCGAGGUGUGCGCUUGUACUACAUUGGAGGGGAAGUGUUUGCAGAGUGUCUAAGUGACAGCGCCAUCUUUGUCCAGAGCCCCAACUGUAACCAGCGUUAUGGCUGGCACCCUGCCACUGUCUGCAAGAUCCCACCAGGCUGUAAUCUGAAGAUUUUUAAUAAUCAGGAGUUCGCAGCUCUAUUGGCCCAGUCUGUGAAUCAGGGCUUUGAGGCCGUGUACCAGCUCACCCGCAUGUGCACCAUUCGCAUGAGCUUCGUGAAGGGCUGGGGAGCCGAGUACAGGCGGCAGACAGUGACUAGCACCCCCUGCUGGAUAGAACUGCACCUGAACGGUCCUCUGCAGUGGCUGGACAAAGUGCUCACUCAAAUGGGCUCCCCCUCCAUCCGUUGCUCCAGUGUGUCAUAGGAAAAGCUCUCUCUGUACAAACAAGUAAAAAGUUCCUUCAGGAGUCAAAGGCUGAAGACCUUUAUACCAACCUGCCAAUUGGGUCCUUCUUUCACAGACUCAGUAGCACUUUCACAUGUGUUUGUCUCACGUUGGAGGAGUCUAUCAUAAUAUGUGCAUAUAUUCUUUUUUGUUUUAUAAUGGUAUUGUUAGCAUAUUUUUUUGUUUUUUAUAAAAUGUUGCCAUUUGUUAUAUAUUUUGUUAUAUACAGUAGCAUGUGUACAUGUAUGUAAGAUCUCCUCUCUCUCUCUCUCUCUCUCUCGUCUUACGUGAUGCUGUUGUUAGGUUCAUGUUUACCAUAACAGGCCUAUUAGAUGCUUGAUUAUUUUUUGUUAUUUUUUUCUAAAGUAAAGAUAUGAAGCUUUUAAAAUCCCUGUUAAACUGUCUGAAUUUUCCUCUUUGUUUUGGUUUUAUCAAAAUAAUGGAAACUUGGCACUUGUCAUAUAUGAUAAGCAGUACAUAUCAAUAUGACUCAGUGCUUCUCCUUCCUAAUGAGAAUCAAAAAGGAUGUCUUUGAUUCCCGGUGUCUAACCUGGCACAACUCUUUAAAGCCUUUAAUGAUAACAAUGCGUGCAAACACUUAAGCCCAAAUUACUUUUAGUCAAUCACACAUUACAUUAUUGAGUGAUGAUAACACUUCUCUACAAUUCUCUGCACAGGCUACAAAAUGGCAAACAAUGUCAUCUUCAUAUGUGCACAUGAUGGAUUGUUAUCUUGUGUUUUAUAUGCUAAUGUCUCUUAUGUUUGUUGAAACAUAAGGGGCUUUUGUCAUUGUUCAGGUGUUGAGCUGAGAGCCUCAAUUUCCACCUACAGCAGAGUUCCAUUUGUACUGUUUAUGUCUCUCAUAAUGGACCAAUGCUAAGCGUGUGUGUCUAUAAGUAUGUGUGCAGGUUGUGUGGGAGCCGUCCUCUUGUGUGUGUGCUUAUAUGUUGGUUUCUGUAGUAUCUGCUCUAGAGUUGAGUUCAAUUUUGUCUUUAGUGAAACAGAUGUGUCUCUCUGAGCUAUCCUCACAGUUUCAGUGGAGUUCUGUAUGUUUGGAGUGAAUGAAUGUGAAAUUAAAACUGAGUUUAAGGAUUUGUAACAUUUGCAUGUGUUUUGUAGCUGUCAUUGUUCUCCGGUCAGGAACUCUUCAAGUUCUGGAGAUUGAGUGAUAUUGUUUGCAGCUGUUCUACAUCACUUUAUCAGCUUUGGAAAAGGAAAAGAAAUUCCUUUUGGAAGUUUUGGUGGAUUUUACAAAAAAAAAAAAAAAACAUUUUCAUUUUUUUUUUUUAAAUGAAUCUUCAGUGGGCAUUACAUAGUUAACACUUCAGAUCCUAUAAUGUUGGCAUUUUAUUUUUUUGAUAUUGUGCAGAGUUUUAAAGGUUCAUUACAAAAAGACAUAAAUCAGCUGUGUGCCUUUGCAUCAACUCAUAACACAGAGUCUGUACAUAGUAUAUUAGAGAAUUCUACACAGGCAGGCAGUUAUGCAUAUUGUUUAGUAAAUGGGUCGUCCGAUGUUGGAUCACUCAGGGUUGUGAUCUUUUCUCAGCUGAACUUGUAAAUAUGUCUGAUAUAUUGAUGACGCAUGCCUAUUUUCUGAAACUCAUGCCAUUUGUACUGUAGACUUUAUUUUGCUACCAAAUAUUUUUUUCAGAACUGGGACGGGGAAAGUAAAUGCUCUUACCUCCACUUUUGUAAUCACUGAUGGGGGGAGGUGGUACUGCUGGUAGAUCUUUGUAAGUCUAUCCCUGUAUUUUUAUAUGUCAGAUGCUCAUAGGAUAUGGAGAAGGGCUUUAAGAAGGGAAAUGUUUUGUCAUAAUGGGCUUUGUAAAAGCCAGAUCCUAUUCAGUCCUUUUUUAUGUGCUUGCAAUGAGGAGCAAGCACUUUGCAUGCCUUUUUUAAAUCUAAAAGGUGUUCUAUUGUGUUGUAGAGGAAUCAUGAAGUUCAGAGUAGCGGUUAGGUGCAUCAUGUACUUCACAGACUUUAGAAAAGAUGUAUGAUAUCUGUGUGCAUAAAUGUCCAUAAGGACUGUUGUAUGAUUUAGAUGCUCUGAGACUUUACUUUGGUAAAGUCAGCGUGUUAUUGAAUGAAUAGGAUUCCUCGAAAUGUAUUUAUAACAUCUUUUUGUCAUCUGGCAAGGACAACAUAGAAGGUACUGAUUUUAUUCAGGAAAUGAUUUAUUGUCCAUCUAAGCAAACAACUGUUUUCUUUGAGAGGAAAAAUCUAAUCUCGUUUUCUCAACAAAUUGUUGAAGAUAUUUUAAGUAAUGUGCAUUUAUUGUGCUUGUGUUAAUCUUUCCCAUUCAGUGACUUUGGCUUAGUGGUGAUUGUUGUGCUUGACAUUUGUUAGAUUUCUUCCUUGUAUAAUUAUAUUAUCUUUAUUGUUUCUCUCCAUCCUUAAAGUUUGUCAAGAGAAAAAAAAAAGCAUUGUUUGCUAUUGUUGUACUUUUAAUAAAUAUGUUAAAGAAAAAUGUGUUGUUCUUCUGAAAUGAAAAACUAUUAUUAAUAUUGGGCCGAUUUUCCAGUAUUUAUUUAUCUUUUUUUUAUUUAUUUUUUUACAUAUUUUCUUCUUCAUGACAAUGUUGU